CUUAUUAGCAUACCUUCCACUCGAUAGCGCUUCAUAUUCACUUCGACCCUCCGCCAAUCAUACCACCCCAAAUCUAACACGACACUUCCAACACACGCAUUCAUGACUUCCGUGCUCCCUUGUAGACCCGUCGUUGACUUCGCUUCUGAUCCGACCAAAGCGUAUCCGUCACCUCCCUUUUCACCUCCCCCAUCCACGCAUUUUCCGUCCAAACUUCAAACACCCUCUCCCAAAUCCAAUCGACCUUCCAAUCGAACAACUCCGGUCAUGGCACCGUCUGGUAGACCGUCCACAGCGGGUGGAAUGCCUCCACCCAGAGGGUCCAGAGGCUCGAUGCCUGCUGGGGUCCUGGACGAAUUUGGCUCUUACGGCCCCGCGACCAGUGGUCCCUCUUCGGCCUCCACCUCGGCGAGAAUAAAACAGACGACCCCUGCAACUCCUGUCCCAAUCGCCUCUUCCUCUGAUCAUCCCUCUGGCGCGACUGAUCACGCCGAUCGACAGCGGAAUCGUCAAUCACACAACCCAUCCACAGCACUGAUCAACGCGUCGCCACCGAAACCAGAGUACCUGACGGAUGAAUAUGUCUUACAUCCUUCUGUAUGGUCCUACAAACAAGCUCAUCCACGCAGACCCAUGGUCGGUUUCGGGCCAUACGUCUUGCUACAAACCCUUGGCGAGGGCGAGUUCGGCAAAGUCAAGCUCGGUGUGCACACCGAAUUCGGAGUCGAGGUAGCCAUCAAAUUGAUGCGUCGCGGCAGUCUGAGUGACGAAACGAGGGCAAGCAAGGUUGAAAGGGAGAUUGACGUUCUGAAGACCUUAAAACACCCAAACAUUGUGCGCAUGUUCGAUGUCAUCGACACCGAAAAGUACAUUGGCAUCGUCCUCGAGUUUGCAGGAGGUGGUGAACUCUUCGAUCACAUUCUCGCCAGUCGAUACCUCAAAGACAAGGACGCGCAAAAGCUCUUUGCACAGCUCAUAUCCGGAGUCGACUAUCUCCACAAGAAGCACAUCGUUCAUCGAGAUCUCAAGCUCGAGAACUUGCUACUCGACAAGCACCGCAAUAUCAUCAUCACAGACUUUGGUUUCGCCAACCGUUUCGAUCACGCGACGGACGAUCUCAUGGCCACAUCGUGCGGGUCGCCAUGUUACGCAGCUCCGGAGCUCGUCGUGUCUGAAGGUCUGUACGUCGGCUCGGCGGUGGAUAUCUGGUCCUGCGGUGUCAUUCUGUACGCCAUGUUGUCUGGAUACUUGCCAUACGACGACGAUCCUGAGAAUCCAGAUGGAGACAACAUCAACCUUCUGUACAAAUACAUCAUGUCGACCAAACUCAACUUCCCCGAUCACAUGUCUGCAGCUGCCAAGCAUUUGCUUCAGAUCAUGUUGGUUCCGAAUCCCGAGCAGCGAUGUAGCAUCGAGGACAUCAUGAACCAUCCCUGGCUGGCAGCUUACCGCGACAUUUUCGAGCGGUCCGUUGACGAUCACGAGUACAUCUUUCAAGACAGCAUGUACCGCAAAUCUCAGACGGCCAAGCGGGAGCUUGCCGACCGACGCAAAGUUCAAAUCGAAGGCAAGCAAGCGAGAAUGGCAAUGGCAAGAAGUCAAUCCAGCGCUCCUGGUGCCACCGUCUCUGCUGGCGUGGCUGAUCAGCAUCGUCGACAGAGAGAGAACCGUCAUCACAGUGCUUUGCCAGGAACGACUACCAUGCCAGCAUUUCUCAAUAAGGCUGGCGCAUCGCUGCCGGCUACCGUGCCCCCUCCCGCCCGGCAGUCUCUCCCGAUCGCUGCGCCUGUACCUGCCGUUCCUCGCACUUCACCCGUCACUGCUGCAGCCAGCACACUACCCACUCCUCCCGCGACAGCAGCGAGUGGAUCUGUGCCUUCAGAUCGUCCUCGUGACUCGCCUAGAUCCAAUCCUUCGCCUCCCAAGAUCUCUCGCGUGGGUACUGCAGACAACUCCAAUGAGGCCGUCGAGAACGAGCGGAUGGAUGUGGAUACGAGCGACGAGUCCCAAUAUGCCGCCAGACCGCCAAUGUCCUCAAACAAGAAUCGACACACGAUUCAGGUGGAAUAUGACGGUGAUGCUUCAUAUGAGAAGAUGAAAGAAAUACUCCGUGCCAAACGAGCCGCUGCGGCUGGCGGAGCUUCGAUCCCUGUUUUGCCUGUGCCGCUGUCGGUUCCUAUUGUCGACAGGUCAUCGCCUGAAAAAUCAGUCACGAGCGACAUUGACAUGGAUUCAGAGUCAGAGAUCGGUCAUGCGCCCGAAGGUACAGUGGAAUCGGCGGUCAUUGGCUCAGAAGUUACUCCGGCGGCAUCGCAAGUCCUGACUCCUCUCACCACUCCUCCUAUAAGCAAUAUUGUCGAAAUCGUCCCCGGCGAGAUUGUUGAGGCUACCCCAAGGACGCCAUCGAAGAAGGGCAAAGAGUCCUCGCGGGAUGUUGCUUCGCCGUCCACACCUCGCGCGAGCAAGGGGCAAGACACUUUGGAGGAGGUCGUCACUCCACGGGCACCAUCAAAGCAGCCCCUGUCAACGCCUCGUACCGGCGGGAAACGCGCAGAUUCCAUGCCGUCCACAACCCUUCUACCCUCCGUUUCCAACCAAACGACACCCAUUGCUAAAGUCAACCCGUCUCUCAAGCCCACCGGUCUACCUCGUCCACCUUCGCCAAAGCGCGAGCGAUACCGCAAAGGCAUGUCUUUGGACAAGUUCGGACUGGCCAAAUUGCUCGGUCAAGCUUCUGCUUCCUCUAGCGUUGACGUAUCCCGACCGCCUGUCAGUUCAAGCGCGACCGCAGCUGCCAAGAUUCAAUCCAGGCAAGUCCAGGCCGAACAGCAGGAGACUGGUCUUUUCCGAACCAAGAGUCAAAAGGCCAAACGACAGAGCGUGCUAGGAUCGGACCUUGUGGAAACCGAUUCCAAGGAGAAGAAGACGAGGCGUAGAACGUUGCAGCUUAUGGUCAAUCGUGGCAACCCUCGCGAUUCUCGAGCAGCUCCAUCUCCUGCCGCUGUGACCCCUCUGGUUCCCCGCGAUAUGAAUCCCGUUCCUAUCUCGAAAUCAGCCGCCACCGCCUCUGGCAAGCUCGAGUCGAGUGCGCCUAUUGCGAUCGGGUCUGAGGGCAUCCGCCCGACAUCUGCUGUCGGAGAUCGCGGCGCUCAGUCUUCGGCAUCCAUUGUCACCGUUGAUGCUUUCGCAGCUCGACCUACGUCGCCCGUGGGACACAAGACGGCGAGCUCGAGCGCCGCGAAGAAGGUCAUGGAUUGGUUCCGGAAAAAGUCGAUCGCUCGAGACACUUUGGUGUCUUUGAAACAAUCUGGGGUCAAGACUGAUUCCCAGUCCUCAUUCGUACAAGUCUCCGACUCCCCGUUACGACAUGCUGCCAGGGAGAGUCGAGCACAGAUUGGCUCGACGGCCAAUCUGGCCGCAAUGAGCAGUACAAGCAGCGUCGCUGCCACCGCCGAGGGUCCAAGCAUUUUUGCGGCGGACAUUGUACCAGAUGCUGCCGGACUCGAUGCCAUCAAGAAGCCGUCGGACCUGCCACCGCCCUUGAUGGUACCGUUGCAGGCGAAUUCUGAAGUGUCCAGUGGAACAACCAGUCCCGCACGUGUCCCUCUUGGCUCUGCUGCCAAUAAGACGAACAUCGAUUCGGUCAUGCUCAAUUCCACCACCUCCCUCGUGCCGCCGACACGAAACUCCAUGCCAUUGCCAGCCAGAUCCAAAUCCCACAUGCCAGGGUCUGAAAGUCUCUCGACGGCGACGAACACAGCUCCGACCAAGAUUGUCGCUCUGCGCGAUGCUCCAUCGCCGACACGUAACGACGAGCUCAAGAUGCGCGUCCACACUGGCCUGGUUGAUCAAUCUGCUCUUUCUUCCAAGCCCCCGAAAGAGGUCAUGGUCGAAGUCCUCCGUGUCCUGCAAGGCAUGGGUAUGGAGAUCAAAAAGGAGAAUGACUUCAAGCUGCGGUGCACGCGUGUCCGACGACGAAAAGCGGGGCCAACUACGGGUUUGGGUCUUGGUAGCGUCAUGAGUGUGGGCAGCGGCAUCAACCCUUUCACAUUAGUGAGCUCUGCAUCCACGAGCAAGAUCGACAAUCGGGGCUUGCCUAUUCCCAACUCUCCAUCAACGGGCGGAAUACUCUCAUCGGCCAGCGGAGGGCUCAAAGGCAUGCUCUUACGUCGUGGUUCGUCGUACUCCGCGACCAACCCUCUCUCACGGGUAGAGUCCAGCGACAUACUAGGCUCUCCGUCCGCAUCUACCAUUGGCUUUGGCUCGCCGAUACCUGGUACGCCCGGAAGUCCUGCUUUGGCAGAACCCCUCUACGGAGAGCACUCGGUCGACAGUGGUGAUGAGGUCAAAUUCAUCGUCGAGUUGUGCAGGAUCAAGAAUUUACCUGGUUUAUACCUGUUGACAAUCAAGCGAUUGAGGGGUUCAGUAUGGAGCUUUAAAUUCAUCUAUCAGACUGUCAUCGAACGGUGUGAGACUCUAACUCACUAGGCUGUUUUUGCGACUGGCCCGGGCCCUUCUCUACACCCAUCAUAUCACCAAUUCAUCCUUCGUUCAUUCACCUUUCACGGACUGCGACGUCUAAUUGUCCACGUCCAGCUCUACAGUCACACUUUCCGCCUCCACAUUCUCCAUGAUGUACAUUGUUUUCCCCGGAUCCUGAACACCGC